UAUGUCGCAACAGUUAGUGGCUGAUAUUGGCGGCAGGUUGUAACUGCAGGUACAGACAUGUCAGAUUCCUUUGUUUGAUCAACCCUUCAUAAAGGUCUAUGGCGACCAGCUCACCUGGAUUUACCUGUUUUCUGUCUGAAGUUUGAAUCUGCAGCAGAGAUGACGCAUCAUCCAGUUUUAUAUUUGCUUUAUUCGUUCGGAUUCUUUCAUAAAGGUCAAGCAGCUCCGGUACAAACACAGCACACUGUGAUGGCAGCAGUCGGAGAUGAGGCUUGUUUGAGCUGUCGGCUGACUCAACAUAAAGAAGUUCUUCAAGUCACCUGGCAGAAACUUUCACCUGAGGGAGAGAAGAAUGUUGCAACAUCCACCAAAUACUUUGGUCGUCAGGUGAAUCGUGGCUUCAGAGAAAAAGUGGAGUUUAAAGAUGCUGGACUGCAGAACAGCUCCAUAGUUAUCAGGAACGUGACGGAGCAGGAUGAAGGAUGCUAUGCCUGUUUGUUCAACUCCAACCCUGAAGGUGCUCUCACUGGUAGAACCUGCCUCAAAGUCUACGAGCUGCAUGAACCCGUCCUACAUGUAGAGUCAAACUCUGCUGAAGAGGCAGUUGUGUCCUGCUCGGCCACAGGUCGACCUGCUCCCACAGUAACAUUAAGAGUCCUGCAACAAGACCUCCACCUGUCAAACUACAGCUCUGUCAGUGUCACCAACACCAACAGUACAGUCACUGUCACCUCUACAGCUGUGCUGUCUGGUUUCCAUGAUGACCGCACACAGGUUGGAUGUGCAGUACGAGUGCUCUCUGGUCCUCAGAAAGAGGUGUUGAUGAUGAUUCCUGAGGUCAAACAGUCGUCUGCUGAUGAUUUCACUUGGAUCAUCGUGUUGUUUGUGGUAUUAGCCUUUAUUUGUCUUGCUGUCAUCACCGUCCUGCUUCUACGAAAACGACGACACAGUUCGUCACACAAAGACUCUGAGGCGACUAAGACACCACAAAAACCAACCGAACACCCUCACGAGCCCAAAACACCUUUAAUGCAGCAGGUGAACGAGAACCUAAGGCAAUGGUCUACUGAGAAACAUCAUAAAGGGAACGACACUGAAACAUCAUCUCCGUGCGUAAAGCAUCUGUUUUCAUCAAAUGAAAGUUUAGCGACAGAAUCCUACAAGACAAAUUCGUCAAAAUCUGGUGACAUUUGUAACAAACUUACGCUGAAUGUAUAACAUCCAUCUUCCAGAACAACACAACACAGUGUUUUAUAACUUCAGUAAUGUAAAUCACAUUUGCAUCCAUUUGUUUUAAUGUUUUUUUUUUAAAUGUUUUUUAUGUAAAUGAAAUAGAUAUACAUUUGUUGUUUCUUUUUACAUUGUUUCACAUAAACUGAAUUGUCAGUUAUGACAACGAUUAACACACAUUCUUCACAGAUUGCGUGGCAUGUACAGUUAACUAUAUUUUUAAUAAUGUAAAAUGUACAUUUUAAUGUAUUUUAUACAUAAGAUCGGACACUUUAAAUGUUUUACUGAAACUAUUUGGGGGUUGGAGUUUUUCUUUGCCUGAAUCAAGGACAGAGAGUUGUAGAAGCCAUGAAGGCAUAUAUGAUGUGUACAUAGAUAAUUUUGUAGUUCAUAUUUGGGUUAUUUUGGUUGUUAUAUUUUGUUUGUUUUGUUGUUAUUUUUGAUGUCAUAGUAACUGGGAAUAGGGGCGGUAACAAAUAGUUAAUAUAUUCAGCUGUGCUUUGGCACGGCUGCAGUAGUAACAAAGACAGAGAGGGUGAGUGAUUGGGAGGCUU